AUGAGCGCCAUAGAAGGAAAGACCACCGCGGUGACCACGGUUGGUGAGACUACACCACAAGAACGCAAGAGAAGUUAUGGGACUCUAGAGCCAGAUGGAGAAAAUAGCGAUGCAAAUAAUCCAUUCUUGGAUCAAGAAGUGGCAGAGUAUUGGAGGACGGUUUAUGAAAAGGCACAGUAUGAGUGUCGACAUGUUUUUGAUCCUUCACUCACUUGGACGGCUGAGGAGGAGAAGGCUAUUGUGAGAAAACUUGACUGGAGAAUUUGUUUAUGGGCUUGUGUUAUGUUCUUUGCGCUGCAGGUUGAUCGGGGAAAUCUCGUUCAGGCGGUUUCUGAUACUUUUUUGACCGAUCUUGGGUUGACUACCAAUGACUAUAACUACGGUAACAUCGCCUUUCGACUCUCGUUUUUGGUCGCAGAACUCCCUUCGCAGCUUGUGUCAAAAAAGCUCGGACCGGACCGCUGGAUUCCUAUCCAGAUGGUGCUCUGGUCCGUGGUGGCUAUAGCACAGUGCCGGCUAAGUGGUAAAACAUCGUUUUUCGUUACGCGAUGCUUGUUGGGUGCACUAGAGGUGAGUCCCAUGAAUGAGACGUCGAUAAAGCUUUCUCAUGAAUUAUAUAGGGGGGGUUUCAUUCCCGACAUCGUCCUUUGGCUGUCAUAUUUCUACACUGCCCGAGAGCUUCCAGUUCGACUGAGCUUCUUCUGGACAUCACUUUCAGUCACCACAAUCGUAACAUCACUCCUCGCCUUCGCAGUUUUCCACCUCAGCGGUGUACACGGAAUGGCCGGUUGGCAAUGGCUCUUCCUUAUCGAAGGUGUAAUCACUCUCUCAAUCGGACUCGCAUCAUUCUUCAUGAUGCCAGCCUCGGUCGUCCAAACAAAGACCUGGUUCCGACCGAAGGGCUGGUUCAGUGAUCGCGAAGUCGCGAUCGUGGCGAAUCGAGUUCUACGCGACGAUCCGUCUAAGGGCGACAUGCACAAUCGACAAGCCAUCACUCCGACAAGACUCUGGAGUGCGAUCAAGGAUUACCACAUGUGGCCCAUUUACCUCAUUGGAGUGGUAGCGUAUAUUCCACAGUCACCGGUCAAUUCGUAUAUUACUCUUACGCUCCGCUCGGUUGGCUUUGAUAAGUUCCAGACUAAUCUUCUCACGAUCCCGGCGAGUGUGUUCCAUAUUAUCAAUCUGCUUAUUAUCACUUGGGUAGCCAGCCGACUCAAUUCAUGGUCGUUGGUCGCAAUGUUCCAGGGUCUUUGGACUCUGCCUUGUGUAAUUGCUUUGCGAUUUUGGCCGGAUGUCAUUUCGAACACUUGGGGCACGUAUGCCGUGGUCACUGUCCUAUUGAGUUACCCCUACUGUCAUGCAAUUGUGGUUGCUUGGGCAUCCCGAAACUCGAAUAACGUCGGAAAUCGUUCCGUUUCAGCAGCGCUUUACAACAUGGCAGUUCAAGCCGGCGAUGUGGCCGCCUACUUCAUCUACCGUGACGAUGACAAGCCUAAGUAUCGACGAGGAAAUACCUCCCUCAUCGCAAUCAACAUUCUUGCGAUUGCACUCUUUCUCGGAGCUAAGGCGUACUACGUCUAUGAGAACGGACGAAGGGAGAAGAUCUGGAACGAAAUGUCUGACACGGAGCGAAAUGAGUAUAUCAAGAGUACGGAUGUACAGGGAAGCAAGCGGUUGGACUUUAGAUUCGCUCAUUGA